AUGCGCCUGAAAGCCCAGAUCACUGCAGUUACCACUAACGGCCCGCGGCGAACACUUAACCGUCGCCGUACUUCCUCCGUUUCCCACACCCGCCGUUCACAAUCUCUAAGUAGCGUCUGUUGGUAUCACCAACAAUUUGGAGAAGCAGCUCGACGAUGUCAUCAACCAUGCUCUUUCAAUACAUCUCUAACGGCCUCAGGCAGACGAUCCCACCCGACAGUAGAGGCCACUUCUGCUAGAAGUGUUGCCAAUCUCCAUACUCGCCGUUUGUUUCUCUGGGACCGUAUCGCUGGCGCCAAAUUCCUUGUCGACUCUGGUGCCGAGGUUAGCGUGGUUCCACCAACUCCGGCCGAACGCAAAAUCCGCAGCUCUUUUUGUCUAACAGCUGCCAACAACUCCAGCAUCUCCACCUUUGGACAGCGCCCCAUCACGCUUGAUUUGGGCCUUCGUCGAAUUUUCCGAUGGGUUUUCAUUAUUGCUGACGUCUCCGUCGCCCUCAUAGGCGCCGAUUUCCUAGCUCACUUCAAUCUACCAGUUGAUUUGAAGAAUCGCCGACUCGUCUACUGCAUCACCGACCUGCAUGCCCGUUGUCAAUCCGAUGUGAACCCCUGCGUCAACCCUCUCCCUGUUAUGCCCAUUUCUGACUGUCCUUUCCACUCGCUCCUCAGGCAGUUUCCCAACCGACCAACCCCUCAUUUCGUGAAGUGGACAUUAAACACACAGUCACUCACCACAUUUCCACCAAUGGACCUCCCAAAUCUUGCCGACCACGUCGUCUUGCUCCGGACCGUUUGA